GCUUUGCGUCGGCCGACGAGUAACCAGCCGUGGGGUCACCAGAUAAAUUAUGUCAAACGGAGUGGUGUUACGAACGUGAAACGAUUAUCGGUAUUCGCUGUGCUCGCAUACAAAAGUUGCAAAGUGCGCGCUCAUAUACAAUUUGAGUGUGGUGCCGAUGUAAUUUAUAGAUUGAUCAUCUCACAGAUUUUCUUUAAAUAAGUGUUAAUUUUGAAUGAUCGUGUAUAAACGUGUACAUUCGUUAUUGUCGUUUUGUACAAAUGUACGUAUCUGUAUUUAUUUCUUUGAAAAAAUCAUGCUGACCCGGCAACAUCAACUGGAGCAGACGAUCGCUCGAAAAUGGGGUUGAAACGACGACGUAACAAAGCAGGGCGCCGAUGAAGUGAUUAAUUUGACCGCGAGUGAGGGUGUAGAAGAAAAUGAUGACUGCCAUGGCCAGAUUGCCUUGCAAGCAGACUUCGCCUUCGCAACAGCCGCGGGUCAAUAAUUUCGGUAACAGUCGAAACUGCUAUUGGAACAUGCAGACCAGGCACCCAGCACCUCCAUACGUGAGGAAUCAUCAACGACAAACUGAUCAUACUGGGAAGCGGAAGAGCGCCGUGGAACUGCUCCAGGAGACGAAGGCGUUCUACGUGAAGAGCGAGACCGUGCUGGACCGGAAACAGGAGCUGAAGAACAGCGGUCAUCUUCAGGUAUCGCAGCUGAGCGCACCGAGCGCGCCACCUAGGUUGCUGAGGAAAUGCGGGAACACGUCGGCCUGUUCGAUGCAACCGACGUCGCCGUCGCAGUUACCACCUGCUCCGAUGACGCCACCUUGUUGCUGGGCAUCGUGCCACGAGCAGGACAGGCCGGACGGAAUUCUAAGUCCUCAACAAACACUGCCACCCGCACUGCCACCGAAGAGUCCGCGGCUGGUUCCUGUUCCGCAGCGGCGCACCAUUUCAGGGCCGCCCAGCAGCACCGGUGGAGAUCAACUGCAGACAAAAUUACGUCGAUUGUUAAACACCGAUAGCAAGGAGAAUGUAUUUUUCCCGGACAGCCCGACGCAGACGAUCGUCCAGGCGAACGGUAUCCCGCAGGAGGAGAAAUUUCGAUACUCCCCCGGAAGCUUAUCACCGAAUUUUCGGGAGGAAGAUCGCAUAAAGCUUGGUGUUGUACGUAUAGUUCGUGUUCGAAAGAAGAUCGACCACUGCACGCAAGACGUUCGUUUCAAGUUUGGCCGGAGCAACUCUCAUUCGCACACAUCCGGAAGAUCUGGAAGGAAAUCCACCAGCUCCCAAUCGGUGGAGAACACCGUAUGUCACAAAUCUUUGCCUGAUCUCCACACUAGCACGCGACGACGGGCGUCUCUGUCGCCACGUGCAUCGACGAAAUCAUCUAAGCCAUCCGGUCAUCAUCAAUCCUCCAGUAAUUGCCCAGAUUGUGAAACUAGUUCGGACUAUUCAGAGCACAGUUUUAAACGAGAUGCGGUCUGUUAUCGCAGUUCUAGACACAUCAGACGUUCGUUGGGUUCAGGUGGUGGCGAUGCCAGUAGUGUAUUAUCUGCCGGUGGUCGUACUCAAAAGUCAUCAGGUUCCAGCAAGUUAAGUCACGGAGCGACUGCAAGAGAUUCUGGUGGGUCAUCUGGACACUGUACACCUCGCAGUGAACCUCCACCAGUAAUACAAGAUUGCUGGAGUCAUAUACGUCGUGACAGCGGUGCAUCUACCCAACACUCGACGGAAAAAGAUCGUUCAAGAAGAGGUAGUUACGCUAACGGUACCCCAACAUCUGUUGUAAGACGCUAUAGUCCUGAAUCUGAGAGCAGCAACAGUCAAACGGAUUAUAGUCCAACAUGCAAUUCAAGAUUCUCUGAUGGCUGGAAAGAAGGCCGUGGCCGACCAAUUCUGAGAUCAAAAUCGGAUAUUAGUGAUCGUUAUUGGCGUCAAGAUAAUGGUCGAUCCAAUAAAGUACCUGCACGACCUCCUCGGUCAAUUACUCAACUCGAGAAUUUCUUCGAUUGUUUAGGUCUUGAUUCGGACAAUUAUCAACGUAUCACGAAACCAGAUUCGAAGUCGUCAUCCCCCGUAUUUUUUGAUAGCGUUAGCUCGGUCGACUCGGCAUUAGGUCUUUACUCUUGGGCUGGGAACAAUCAAACGAAUCAAAGUAGUCAAUGGCAGAAUAAUGAUUGCAGCGUCGGUAUGGGUAACGAUGACAGUAACCAGAGAGUCAAUGAUCCUCCGAGUAUUGUAGAACGCAAUGCUCGAAUAAUUAAAUGGCUCUGUCAGUGUCGAAAAGUGCAGUUUGGAUUUAGUUAAGCAACGAGUUUAAGAAGAGGACAAUCGAUUCUCCAUUCUCAGUAACAUGCAUUCAAGUCAACGAAAGUAGAAUUUUUCAUCUUGCCAACAAUUAAUCUUUUCAAAAUAUAUCGCAAAAACUUUUGCUUUAAUUUUGUAAGGAAAUUGCACGAAUAUAAGCAAAUACCUUUUUCCUGCUUUUUUUUAGUUACUAAUGCUACAACGUGUAGCAUGUUAUAAUUUAUCUUCCUUUUUUUAUUUUAAGUUUAUAAGCGUAUGUGCCAUCUACUUAUGUAAUUUGUUAUGCAUUUGUAUUGCAUUCUUAAAUCAUUAUUGAAAUUCUUUGGCAUAACAUUCUUUUUUUUUUUCAUAUAUUUUUUUGUCGAAAUUUGUAAAUAUAUUGUAAAUUGUAGAAAUUGUCAAUUAUUAUAUAUGUGUAAACACAUGUAACUUUUUUGCUUGUUUAAAUAGUUUUGUUUUUAGCGAAUGAAUGAAUUUAUUGUCGUAUGUUAGUUUUAUUAAAUUUACAACGAGUUUAUGAUUACAAAUUAACUAUUUUUAGUGUUUUUUUUCUAUAAUAUUAUGAUUUAUUGAUUGAGGGAGUUAUGAAGUUAUACAAAAAUAUGAAGUUUAUACACUGUUUUAUCUUAAAAUUAAGUCAUACAUAAUAGUUAUAAAGUUUGAUUGUUAUAUAGGUUUUCUAAUGAAAAUAUCCACAAAUAAUUGGCAUUUAUGUUACUUUUAUAUUAGAGAAAAGAUACUUGAUUUUUUAUCUUUCUUUUUCAUAUUGAAUGCUAACUGACGAUAUGGUUCGAUUUUUCUGAUUAAAUAGGAAUUGAACUGUUUUUUGAUUUUUGACUGUUAUGUCAAAAAAUCAAAUUUUUAUCUUACAAUGCAGAAAAUAUUUACUGUUAUUUCCAAUAGAAUUAUUACUAUAAUAAUAUCAAUUCAAUCUCAUUAAUGUUUUUGCUGGUUCGAAUCCAUUGUAUAAAUAUAUUGAAGUGCAUUGUAAAAGUAAGUAUUGGUAUAAAAUUAAACUAUAUGUAAUUUAUAAAGUUUUUGACGAUUUUUGUCUAUAAAAUUAUUCGCCAAGGGAAUUUGUAAGGAAUUUCAUAAAAUUUUUUAUAUUAAUGUUUUUAAAGUCAUAAUUAAUCUUGUAAAUUUUGUUAAAUGAAAUUAUAGUCGUAUCAAAAAAUUAUUUUGAAUUGAAUAUAUAUGAAAAUAUUACAAUUUUCAAAAUUAUUUUUUAAUUACAAAAUAUGUUUAAUAUAUAAUAUCUUGUUCAUGUAAUGUAAUUAGUUUAAUUUCAAAGAAUUUUAAAAAUCAAACGUAAUCAUUAAAUAUGAAACGUAUCAUUGUAUAUUCGAUAUAUUAUUUAUUAUAAAUAACUACUUUGUGCCUAAAAAAUUUGAAAAAUUUUAUUUUAAUAAAAAAAUUUUUUCAAAUUGUUUAAUGUAUCUACAUAUAUGUUCAAUAUUUUAGUAAGAAAUGUUUUUAUUAAAAUCUGUGUAUUUUAUAAAAUUUAAUAUUCAUCGUUUAAAUCGUUUAAAAGAACAAAAAAAUUCGUAUCUUAUAUUUUAAAGAAUUCAAAUUAAAUGCACUCCCUAAAAUAAUACGACAUAAUUAUUAAAAUCUAUAAUUAAUAAGAAAAAUAUAUCAUUCGUUCAUUACUUAAAAUAUUUCCUGAUAUAUUUCACUGUGCAAUAAUACAGAUAUUAAAUGUUCUUAUUUUAGAUGAUAUUUACUAGAUCAAUAUUUGAAAUAUUUUAAUCAUUGUGUGGCAAUCAAUUAAAGAUAUACUAAUUAUGACUUUGAAUGUUUAGAAUGGAAGAAAAUUGUUAUUAAUUAUGUGAUUUUAACAUAAAGAAAGAAAGAAAAAGAAUUUGUGUAAUAUAAUAAGAAGUUACUCAACUACUCUCAUUUCAAGUGAUAUAGAUGUCUUAGAUAAGUAGUGAGUUUGCAUAGAUUGUAAGAGAAACAUAGUAGUAUAUUGCAUUUAAACAGAGAAAAAAAAAGUUGAUAUUACUACUUGUGUAGUAAAACCUUGCAUUUUUCAAGCAAAUGUAAAGUAUAGCUUGUAUCGAAUCUUAGAUGUUUGUGUAGUUAUAUAAUCAGUAUUUACUAUAAUUAUUUACUUACAGUUUUUGAGAAAAAUAUUAUAAAGAAUGUAAUAUCAAAAUUACGAAGUCUGUUUUGACAGUCUUGCGUAACGUGUUAUUGCACAAAAAAUUGAAUAUGUAUGCUUAAAAAAAGCAUUUUGCUUAUAACUUUUUGAGCUAAAGCACUAUUUAAUGUAUGUAUAUUAAUGAUGUUUGGUGAUAUUUAAUUACCUGAAAAUUUUUAUUCCCAAAAUUAAAAUUCUUGCCUUGUAAUAAAAAAAAAAAAAAAGAAUUCAUAAUAUAUUUUUGUUAGUUGUAAUGAUAUGUAUCUUGGUUAAUAAUAUUAUUAUGAAAUGUUUGAAAAUAAAAUUUUUAAAUCUAGUUGCAACUUACUUAUAGAAUGUAGAGAAUAUAGUGUUAAAUAUCCUCAAUAUGGUUUUCAAAAAGUUUUAAGCAAACUAAAUAAAUUAAUAGUAAAUAUUACUUCUUGAGAGUACAAACACAAAGUGUGUUCUAUUUCUACUCUACUAAGAUCUAAGUCUAGCAAUUUAUAGGAAAAAUGUUUAAUAAAAUUAAAAUUUAUUUGCAUUGUUUAGAUGUUUAAAAAGUUUAAAAAGUUUAUUACAUAUUUAUGUGGUAGAAAUAUACACACACUCAAACACGCAUUCCACUUCUUUACAUGUGUAUAUGAAUCUCAAGAAGUAAAAUGAUAUCAUAAGUUUUUAUUAUUUUCGAUACAAUUAUGUUUUCUGUAUUGAUAUUAAUUUGUUAAUAUAAUCGAAGGAAUUUGUAUAACAUUAUAUUGCAAUUCGUUGUAUAGAUUAUGUGAUUCAUGUAUUUGUAUAGUAGAAUUUACCGCGUUACUUUUGUUUCUUUAUUAUCGAGGCUUAGUUCUUUAAUAUUAAGUAAAUUUGUUGAAUGACCUAUUUUAUAAUUUUAAAUCCAAAUGUAUACUUAAAAUGUGAAACUUACGUAUGUAUAUGUGCAUAAUUUGUGAUCCAUAAUAUUUAACAUUGUUAAAGUCAUACAUUUUUAACUGCUUUUUUUAUAAUCUAGUCACGUAGAUCAAAAUGUGUUAAAUUUCAAGAUAAUAUUAUUAAAUUCCUUCUAUGUA